AUGCGGCCCUUGACGGCUGUGUGGGCCGGCGACUUGCGGGCUAUAACCACCUUAGACUUCUGGUGCGCCGUUGGCUACCAGGAGCCCCUGUUAGUGGUGAAUUUGGUCUUCUUCCUCAACGUGGGGAUCCUGUUCUGGUUCAUAAGCGUGCUGCAGUUGAUCGACCCCUUCUGGACCAUCAUCCCCGUCCUCAUCGGGACCUUCUACCAGUACCACCCUGCGGCGACCACCCAACCGCUGCGCAGUCGUCUGGCCAUGGGCUUGCUCUGGAUCUGGGCGGUGCGGCUGACGCAUUCGUACUUCCGCAGGUCGGAAUGGCAGGUUGGUGCCCGGGAAGACUGGCGUUAUGCGCGUAUGGCGCAGAGCAUGAGCCGCACCUGGUGGGUAGUCGUGUCGUUCUUUGCAGUGGGCGUCACGCAGCAGCUCAUGCUUGUGGGCAUCACACUGCCGCUGCUGGCAAUCCAUACCUCCACGGCGCCUUGGAACCCCAUUGUGGACACGGCGAUCUUUGCGUCCGCCGCGACAGGUAUCAUGGUUGCCCUGAUCGCUGAUAACCAGCUGCGUGACUUCAUGGUGGAAAACGAAAAGCGAGCGCAGGAGGGCCGAGUGCGAUUGCUACUGCUGGACACAGGUUUGUGGCGCUACAGCCGUCACCCGAACUUCUUUGGCGAGCAGCUGUGGUGGUGGUCGCUCGGAAUGUGGGCUGUGAUGUGCGGCCAAUCUUGGAUGCUUGUUGGCGCUGCGUUCAACUCUCUCUGCUUUAUCUCCAUCACCCGCAUGACCGAGGCGCGCAUGCUAGAACGCUCGGAGAGAGCAAGUAUUUAUUGCCACUACCAGCGGACCACCAGCGUGUGGAUCCCGUGGCCCAAGCGUGCAGCCACAGCUUAA